GGUUGAGGCUUGAGUCGAGACGUUGGAAGAGCACUGUAGCUUAUUAGCUGUCAGAACGGCUAAAAUAUGUCAGGGGAAAGAGAUGAAGAAGAAACUGCUCUACCUUGUGUUGUAAUAACAAGUUGUGACCCGGGGUUUAAGGAAGAGGAGCUUGUCAGGCAGAUCCUGGGCUCGUCGUCAUUACCAAAACCCACUAAAAAGGAGGAUGUUGUGGUUUGGUAUCCCUGGACAAUCAACAACAAAUACUACACAGCAAAUGUCAGUCUUUGUGUUGUGCCAAGUUCAUUCAGCAUGAAUUCAGAAGUAGCCCAAGCCACACAGGCUUUCAUUGUCUACUUUGACAGUAAAACUAAAGAUGGCCUUGCUGCUGUCACUCCAUGGGUAGCACUGGUGGAGGAACUGGCUCCUGAGGUGCUCAUCUUGGUGUGUGACCAUGUUUGUGAAAAUGGUGUAAACAGACAAGAAGCUCAGCAGUGGUGCCUGGCUCAUGCCUUUGAACUGGUAGAGCUCAACCCCGAGGAGCUGCCUGAUGAAGAUGAUGACUUUCCAGAGUCCACAGGAGUGAAGAGAAUUGUUCAGGCUCUUGAUGCAAAUGUGUGGUCCACUGUUGAGAUGAAGGAUGAACACAACCAGGGAUUCGGUCUAAUGAGCAGUUUGGUUGCUUCCCGUCACAACAACCCACGAUCUAUAGAAACGCAGUGCCAGUCUAACAGUGCAGAUGAGAGCACAGAAGGACAGAAGACCGGAAACUCUCAGAACAGUACAGAGGAAGUGGACUCAAUAGUAGACCCGAUGACUGACAUGGACAUUCAGGAGUUGGCCAACCUCACAGCUGGAGAUGCAGAUGUGGACAACUUUGAGCGUCUUUUUACUAAACUGAAGGAGAUGAAGGACAAAGCUUCUUCAUUGCCACACGAGCAAAGGAAGGUGCAUGCAGAAAAGGUAGCGAAGGCAUUUUGGAUGGCAAUCGGCGGGGACCAAGACGAGAUUGACGGUUUGUCUUCGGGGGAGGAAAGCUAAAACUGAAUUUCAUUAUCCAGCACCAGUCUGUUACCCAUAAUUCUCCAACACUGCCAUGUGAUUGGCAGGCUGACUCUUGGGUACUGGGCUGUGGCAUCAAGAAAUAUGUGUGGGCAAGUUGGGAUGAGGGAGAGGCAGAGAGGUUUCUUAUGAUAUGCUGACUAUUCCCCUCUCUCCAACACCAGCACCUCAGUAAGAGUGUACACAGUGACUUUUAAACACUGUAAUCUAAGUUGGAGGGGAAAGGGUUACAGCAGCCAAGAGAUUACCCAGAAUUACUCUGGAGUGGGCCUAAACAAAGAUCUGUAAGAUAAGCCCCAUACAGCAUUGCCCUAGAAGAGCGUGUUAUGUGUGUGUACAAACUCUCUUCUUGAAUAUGGAAGGUGUGUACUAGUUGUUUUUGUACCAUGUUGUCCAUAAUUUUGUCCAAGAAUAGAAAAGGCCAUAAUUAUGGACAAAGCGAUGUGGUGGGUUGUUUGGCCCUUCGAAAAAAUAUCCUUUGCAGUUUUAUAGUCACAAUCUGACCAAGCCAUAAUAUUAAUAACUAACAUUUAUGACAUAAAAUCAUCUUCAUUAAA